AUGGCUUCACGUUGGUCCAUCCAGUAUGGAGCGUUCAUGUGGAAGAUCGGGCUGCAGCGCAUGAGGGCGCCUGGAACGACGCUUGCAGAGUUGCUGCUCCCGUGCUUCUUCACGCUGCUCCUUUCGGUGGGCUACUGGUACUCCACCACAACCAGCGUGCCGGCUACAAACUACGCCACUACGCCACCGACAAACCUCUCAACGCUCUUACCAGCGUUCUUCUGCCAGAACGUGUCGAGUCCGCACCCGUUCGGCCACCGCCUGCCGGUUAGGCCGUGCCCGCCGGUGGGGGAUGCCACCGCGUGCUUCCCGUUCGUGCGUGGCGGCGCGCUCUGCACGAGUAACCAUACUCUUCUGGCAAAUGUUAUGUUUGGUGUGUACUACGCGAAGGGUUCCGUUGUGGUGCCGACGCUCGACGCGUACCUGGCGUUGUCGGCCUUUGCGACGUACGAGUCGCAGCGCAUCAAUCCCACUUUCUUCGGUCGCUCAGGGCGCGCGAGCCUCUCGCACUACGGCCGCCUGCUGCUCGUUAACGCGGACGGCAACACCGCCAUCGCCGCGGAGUUUGCUGAGUUUUGCGCUAACGUCAGUGCCCUCUGCGAGGAGGUGGUGUACACAGAUCGCUACUUCACUUCGGUGGACGCGGCGCAGAGUUUUGCGCGUGAGAACGACGGAACAGUGUGGGCCAUUGUGGAGUUGCCCAGCCCUUCCCGUGCAGCCGCAGCAGUGGAGAAGGAAGGGGAGGUCUUUACCAUCAGCAUGAACUACACCGCAACGCCGUGGACGUUUGACUCCAGUCUCCCAUUCAGCAAAGGCCUUGGGGACAAUACUUACAUGCUGUACGUGACGAGCGGAUUCCUGACGCUGCAGAACGCAGUACAGCAGUUCUACGCGCGACGCCGCAUCAACCACGACACCGCGGCUGCCGUUUCAAUGAGAGACGCAAACGCCUCCGGGAUAUUUCAGUACGCCAGUCUUUAUGGACCUUCGCUUGUGCCAAUGCCCGCUGCGCCGUACAGUAACAACAGCUUCUACUCGAAAUGGGCGUACUUCAUGCCGCUCGUGGCAAUGCUCGCUGCUCUCUUUCCCGUCGCGAAACUUGUGAGCUCUAUUGUCGAGGAGAAGUCGAUGCGAAUUCGGGAGUCAAUGCACAUUAUGGGUCUCCGCUGGUCGUGCAUGGCCCUUGGGUGGUACACCUCCGCCCUUCUCACCGACGUUGUCGCCUCGCUUCUCGUGGCCAUGAUGUUCCGCAUCAGCUUCUUCCACUACGUGAACUACGGGGUGUUGUUCUUCCUCUACUUCAGUUUCAUGCAGCAGAACAGCGCCCUCAGUCUCUUCCUGAGUACCUUCUUUAAUAACCCACGUGCUGCUGGAGCGGUGGCGGCAUUAACAAUAUUUCUCUGCAGCAUACCAUUCUAUUCCUUCCCUGAGGGAAUGAGCACAGCGCGACUCAUUUCGGUGAGUAUCAUCCCGUGUGUGGCUUACUCCGAGGCCUUCAACCGGCUCGUCACAAGUGCCUCUUUCGACCACUCAUUCUCAUGGGCGGAUGUGCGCGAGGGCGAGUAUUCUGUGGCAGUGGCGAUUGGUAUGAUGUGGGCGUCGACGGGUCUGAUGCUGUGCCUGUGGGCAUACCUGGAUCAAGUGGUACCGUCCUCGAUUGGCCGCCGCCGCCAUCCGCUCUUCUUCCUUGCACCGCUGCGCCGUUUGUUCUCCUUCUGCUGUUGCUGUUGCAGCGACGACAGCGGGGAGAGAAAGUCAAAGCGAACGGUGGGGAACACCACUGAUGAAGACUUUGCGUCCGCCCCCAUGGAUGCACUACCACAGCGACGUUCACGGCCUUCAGACGACGACAUAAUCAACAAUAAACGCUUUGUCGCGGUGUUCCGCAACCUGUGGAAGGUGUACUACACCGGAGGUGUGAUUGGGUGGAUUUACCACUUCAUCACAGGAAUCCGUCGUGACGGGGAUCGCUGCGUGGCAGUACGUGGAGUUUCCUUCGAGCUGGAGUUGGGACAAGUGAACGUGCUGCUAGGGCCCAACGGCUCUGGUAAGUCAACCGUGAUGGGCAUCGCCACCGGCAUGGUGAAGCCGACGAGGGGUGAUGUGUACAUUUGCAGUCACGACGCGGCACACCACCUCUCACGGUGCCAGAGGCACAUUGGUUACUGUCCGCAGACAGACAUUGUGUGGGGGAGGCUGACGGUGGAGCAGCACCUGACGUUCUAUGCCCGCAUGAAGAGCGGCGACGCUUGGGAUGUGCAGAAACAGGUGAACAACAUCAUUGCCGCUCUGCAGCUGGAGGAGAAACGGCACAGCAGCGCGGGGAGCCUCUCGGGUGGGCAGCGUCGUCGUCUUUGCGUCGGCAUCGCGCUGGUUGGGCAGCCGGAGGUGCUGUUUCUUGACGAGCCAACAGCCGGAAUGGAUCUGCGGGGCCGCAAGGCUGUCUACGAUGCGCUGCAAAGCGGCCGCAACACACGCACGGUGAUGAUAUCGACGCAUCUGCUGGAUGAGGCGGACCGCGUGGGCGAUCGCAUCCUGCUGAUGCAAGACGGCGUGCUGCGCGGCGCGGGUUCAUCGCUGUUUCUCAAGUCCAAGACGGGCGCCGGCUACAUCGUCACGUGUGUUGUGGACUCGUGCCUCUCCGAGAUGGAGGAGAGCGUCUGCAUCAGCCGCCUCACGGAGUUCGUUCGCACCAAGGCAUUCCCUGGCCACUGCCCUGGCACCCCCAGAGAGGUACAGCCGAUCCCACCGCAGUGCAAGCUGCUUGGUAUCGAGCGCCGCGGCCGCGAGAUAUCGUUCCGCUUCCCCCUCUCGCUGCUUUCGUCGGCGGGUGCCACCAUCAUUCGCGAGCUCGAGGCGAGGCGGGGUGAGCUGCGGCUGCACAGUAUCGGUCUGAGCCUCACAACAUUGCAGGAUGUGCUUGAUUCCCUAACGGAGCGGAAACAGGAGUCCUCUCAGACUUCAGCAUCGUGCCAACCGGAAGCAGCAGCAGCAGUAGCCGAGGGAACAGAGACAGGGAAAUCAAGGAAGGGUAGCGACAACGAACUGUGCAGGGGGCGAGACGCGGAGCAGGGGAUUUCGAUCCAGAUCGCAGGUAAUGAAGUACAGGAGUCGCUUCUUGGUGCGGCGGUCGACGGCGAGAAAGCUUCGUACGACAACAGCACCUUUGACAACUAUGGCGUUGACUGGGAUAUGAUGACAGAACCCUAUGACCAAAAGGCACAUUACUCGCAUCGUGCGGUGUCUUUCGCCACGCACUUUGCAGCUCUCUUCAUGAAGCGUGUGCACUGCGCCAAGCGUGACGUCCGCCUUCUCGUGUUUCAGGUUCUGCUGCCGAUUGUGUUCCUCAGCGUUGCUCUCCUCAUUGAUCUUGUCAACCCGCCGUCGCAGCCUGCUGUCACACUGGACGCAUCGCUUUACAACAGCUACAACACACCGCCCUUCUCAGAGGUCACGUGGACGAGAUCCGACACACUCCCCGACGUGUUUGGCGUUGACGGCCAGAACCUGUCUGCAGUAUUUGGACCGUACUACACACCUCUGAGGGUCGCGUGUAACGGGGCAAAGUGCAGCAUCCCGCUCUCUGGUGCGAUGAUCUCGGACGUGAUGAACCAUUCCGCCACCCGCCACAUUGCACUGUCGUUAACGAGUGAGGAGGGCAAGGUGGGUGUGCCGGUUUCUGUCAUCAUGCACAACGUCUCGGCCCCACACGCGGCACCGCAGGCAUUGAACGCACUGUACAAUGUUGUCAACAACCAGCUGUUUGGCAAGGGAACUACAAUGACGGCGCGGAACGAACCCAUGCGCAUGGGACCGCACGAGGAAAAGAUGGUAGGGGCGCUUCGCCGCGUUAUUUGUGGCAUUUUCAUCCUUCUGCCGUUUACGUUCAUACCGAGCAACACGGUCAGUUUCAUGGUUCGAGAGAACCAGAGCGGUUCCCGCCAUCUCCAAUGGCUUGCCGGUGCCAACGUGUUUGCCUUCUGGCUGAGCUCGAUGCUGUUUGACUUCCUCUGCUUCCUUGUGACAGAGGCGCUCGCAAUGUCAAUUUUCGUUAUCUUUAAGAGGACGGAGUUUGUUGGCGAUUCUCAAACAGUGGGCGCAACGCUCGCGCUCUUCUCGAUGUUCGGGCUGAGCUCCAUUCCAUUUAGCUACGUCAUCAGCUUCUUCUUCGACUCCCCAUUUGUCGCGCAGAACGUUGUGCUCAUUGCGAACUUCGUUCUUGGAUUCCUGUGGGUAAUGGGCGAGCAGAUCAUUGGCGGGAUUGAUGGGCUGGAAAACUUUAUGCUGUACACGACGUACAUUCUGCGCGCCAUUCCGUCCGUUUCCUUCGGUGAGGGAAUGUUCACGCUGUCUGGCGUGGAGCUGGGCAACCUGAUGAUGCCAGACCGGCCGCGGCCAAACCUCUUCGACCUGCUGGAGUUCGUGGACGGCAAGUUCAAGGGCGGCAUCGGGACCGGGCUCAUCUACAUGUCGUGCACCUUCGCCGUCUCGCUGCUCGUCCUCGUGUUGCUGGAGGUCGCGCGUGUGCAGCGACUGACGUGGGUGUUUGCUCGCUUUUCGUGCCGCUGCUGCAGUGGCGGGCGACGUUGCGACUCACGUGGCCACGCCGCUCUUGGCGACGACGACGACAGCAACGCCAGCGUUGACGAGUCUGUCGUGCGCGAGGUGGUGGAGGUGUGCAGGGAGGAGGGCGGUCGCCCGGAGGACUGCAUUGCGCUGCAGCACGUCACGAAGCGCUACCGCGGCAGCAACCGCCCCGCCAUCAGUGACUUGUCGCUCGGCGUGCAAAAGGGUGAGAUCAUGGGUCUGCUGGGCCUCAACGGCGCUGGCAAGACUACAACGGUCGGCGUUCUCACAGGCGAGGUGGUGCCGACGUCGGGGUCGGCGUUCAUCAACCACUACUCUGUGCUACGCUCCGCCUCUCGCAGCUACGUCGGCUACUGCCCGCAGAAGGAUGCCUUGCUCGACAAGCUGUCGCCCUACGAACACCUCAUGUUGUACGCCGCCCUGCGCGGCGCCAGCGAUGCGUGUCUGCAGUGCGAAAUCCCGCGGCUGCUGGCUGCGCUGGGCCUCGCGCCGGUGCAGCACUGCCCCGCCUAUUCGCUGAGUGGUGGAAACAAGCGGCGCCUGUCGCUCGCUAUCGCCCUCGUCGGCGGCACCACCAGUGUGCUGCUGGACGAGCCGACCGCCGGCAUGGACGCAAACGCGCGGCGGCAGACGUGUGCGGUGGUGAAGCGGUUGACGAAGUCGAAGUCCGUCAUUCUCACGACACACCUGCUGGACGAGACGGAAGCGCUCGCUGACCGCGUGGCAUUCAUCGCAAAGGGGCGGCUCCGCUGCGUCGGCACGCCGCAGGAACUCAAGUCGCGCUUCACCGACGACGCUGUAUACACGGUGCGUGUCGUAUUCGCCGGCGAGAGCGACCUCCUUCAAUCGAAGAGCAACAUCACGCAGUCUCUCUGUGGGUGCUUUGUCUCGGGCGAGGAUGCGGAUCAGCAGGAGUGUGUCGUGGAGAGUGUGGUGGGCCGCACUGUCACACUUUUGGUGCGGCACAGCCUCACUCGUAUCUGCAGCAUCGCAGCGGCGAUACGUGAGGGGCAGGCGAGUGACCUUCCACCGGUGGUUCAGGUCAGCGCCACCCAGCCAACACUGGAGGACAUUCUGCUGCGCGACUAA